CUCCGCUUGCCUUCUCCUUUGUAUGUGGUCUCUGAGGCUGUAGGGCUAACUCAGUGGGCAGGAUGGCUGCUCAGAAAGAUCUCUAUGACGCCAUUGUGAUCGGGGCAGGCAUCCAGGGCUGCUUCACUGCGUACCACCUGGCCAAACACAGGAAGAGGGUCCUCCUGCUGGAGCAGUUCUUCCUCCCGCACUCCCGAGGAAGUUCCCAUGGGCAGAGCCGGAUAAUCCGAAGGGCGUACCCUGAAGACUUCUACACCCAGAUGAUGGCUGAGUGCUACCAGAUAUGGGCCCAGCUGGAGCAUGAGGCGGGAACCCAAUUAUACAGGCAGACUGGACUACUGCUGCUGGGAAUGAAGGAGAAUGCAGAAUUAAAGAUAAUCCAGGCUACUCUGUCUAGGCAGGGAGUGGAACACCAGUGUCUUCCAUCUGAGGAACUGAAGCAACGUUUCCCCAAUAUUCGGUUGGCCAGGGGAGAAGUGGGGCUCUUGGAAAAGUCUGGAGGAGUUCUCUAUGCUGACAAGGCGCUCAGAGCCCUUCAGGAUGCAAUUCGACAGCUAGGAGGCAUAGUGCAUGAUGGAGAGAAGGUGAUGGAGAUAAAACCAGGGCUACUGGUCGUGGUGAAAACCACCUCCAGGAGCUACCAAGCCAAGAGCUUGAUCAUCACAGCAGGUCCUUGGACCAACCGGCUCCUCCGUCCCCUGGGAAUUGAGCUGCCUCUCCAGACCCUGCGGAUCAACGUGUGUUACUGGCGAGAGAAGGUUCCCGGAAGCUAUGGUGUGUCCCAGGCCUUUCCAUGCUUCCUGGGCUUCAGCCUGGCUCCUUACCACAUCUAUGGAUUGCCCUCCGGAGAGUACCCAGGGCUGAUGAAGGUCUGCUAUCACCACGGCAACAAUGCAGAUCCUGAGGAGCGGGACUGCCCUGCAGCUUUCUCAGACAUCCAAGACGUCCACAUCCUGAGCUGCUUUGUCAGAGAUCACUUACCUAACUUAGAGCCUGAGCCUGCUGUUAUGGAGCACUGCAUGUACACGAACACCCCUGAUGAGCACUUCAUUCUUGAUCGACACCCAAAGUACGAUAACAUUGUCAUUGGUGCUGGAUUCUCUGGGCAUGGGUUUAAGCUGUCCCCUGUUGUGGGGAAGAUCCUAUAUGAAUUAAGCAUGAAAUUAAUGCCAUCCUAUGACUUGACACCUUUUCGAAUCAGCCGCUUCCCCUGCCUCGGCAAAGCCCACAUGUGACUGGCCAGCUGCUUCCCUUCUGUGCACAGGAGCUGGGAAUAAAGCCCUCUUCUGGGAAAGACUUCUCAGAGGAAGGAAGUGGCUGUGA